AUGGAAAGCCGUGACAGCAAGGAGGCUGCAGACAGACCUAGACCUCGGCCUGAGCUCGAGCUGCUGUCCGUCCUGGGCUACGGCAGCUUCAGCGUCGUGUUUCUGGCCCGCCAGGAGUCCAGACAGCAGAAUGUAGCUGUCAAACUGUUCCAGCACGAUGUCUGCGACCCCUUUAACAUCAAGCAGACGCAGGCGGAAGCUGGCAUCAUGCAGCUGCUCAACCAUGAGAACAUCCUGCAGCUGCUAGAGGUCAGUCAUGUCCAGGAUCGCCAGUGCCUCGUCUUAGAGCUGGCAGACAGAGGCACCCUCUAUGAUCUUGUCAUGCGCCGGGGCGGCCUGCCAGAGCCCAAGGCCAUGGCCCUAUUCAAGCAAAUCCUCGCGGCCGUGAGCCACUGUCACGCCCAGCGUGUUGCCCACAGGGACCUCAAGUUAGAAAACUUGCUGCUCAAUUCCGACCAUAAAAUCAAACUGUCGGAUUUUGGGUUCAGCUGCCACCUGGCCGAGGGCGCGUUGGUGCACGGCUCCUGCGGCACACCUCUAUAUAGUGCCCCCGAGGUUUUUCAACCUGGGGCCUAUGACCCCUUUCCAGGGGAUGUCUGGAGUGUUGGUGUCAUCCUGUUUACAAUGAUGGCGGGGGCGGUUCCCUUCAUGGGAGAAGAUGAAGCGGAACUUGUGCAAAAUAUCAGGAGGGGGCAUUAUGAACUGACUUGCCCAGCCAGCCCCGCCCUACAGGAGCUCCUGAGCUCUCUCCUGAGCUUGGACCCACGGGAGAGGCCUUCGGCAGAGCAAGCAAAACACCAUCCCUGGUUCAACACCAUUGGGGGUGAACUUGAGCACAAGGCGUUGACCCAGGUGCGGUCCCUGGGGGUUGCCAAGGACCCAGAGGACCAGGAUUACUCAAGUUCUGGAGCCUCAACAACAUCUAGCUCUGGGCAGCUCAGGUUCCUGUCCCUGGAAACAUACUCACAGAGCCUGGAGCAGAUGAGGCCCUACAGGCAGAGCGCCCCUGUGGGUGUACCCAUACAGCACAACCUCCCAGUUCUACAGGGUGCAUCUCCACGUGCCAACUUCAGGGAGGUGUGGAGUGCGCCUGCCCUCCUCAACUGUGAGCUCAUGUCACCCCCCGACUCGGAAGAAGAUCCUGAGGAGAGGAGCCCUGGUGCCAGCCUGGCCCCCGAGUCCACCCCUGUGGCCGCCUCCUCCACACCCUCCUCAAGGAGCAGUGGGGACCCGGUGGUGCCAGAGGACCCAGGACCUGAGCCUGAGCCUGAGCCUGAGCCAGAACCUGAGGAGGCUGAGGGCUCAGCAGCAGCCUCUGUCUGGAAAGGGUUUGGCAGGAUUCGCAGAAUCCUGCUGUGUGCCUGCUGCCUGCCAGACCAAGCCAAACCUCCCGGCCCCCGUAGCCGAAGAGUGGUCCCCCAGGAACCUACCUCGGGGGGAAGUAUAACUUCUGAGGUGCCCAAGCCUGAGCAGGAGCCGAGGCCUGAAUCCACCACCGCUGACCCUCUGGUUGCAUCUCUCCACCUUGCACUGCCUCAAGACAAGAGGAGCCCUGGUGCCAGCGCAGCCCCUGAGCCCAUCCAGGUGGCCGCCGCCUCCACCCCCUGCCCCAGAAGCAGAGGGGACCCGGUGGUGCAAGAGGUCCCAGCACCUGAGCCUGAACCUGAGCCUGAGGAGGUUGAGGCCUCAGCAGCAGCCUCUGUCGGGGGCAAGGGCCGGCAAGGGAUUGCCAGGAGGCUUCUCCAAUGUCUACGGUCUGCCUGCUGCAAGCCGACUCCAGCCAAACGCCCCGGUCUCCGCAGCCGCAAAGUGAUGCCCCAGUAG